UAUUCAUAUAAAUAUGAAUGAGAGCGAGAAAAGAAAUUUAUACGGCUGGAGUGUUGUGGUCAUCAGUACGGUGAGGAGAUUAAAAGAGGUGAGUCUCGACCGUCUGCAGCUUGUCAGGCAUUCCCUUUUUGAUCGGCUGCUAGUGCGUGAGUCGCCAUCUUCAGCCUGGAGCUGUGCUUAAAAUUUCUGACCUCGAUCUUUGCGCCGCAUUGCAUAAAGUUCAGGCUAAAGUUACUGGCUCCAGUUUUUGUUUCCGAAAUUCAGGCAAAAGUUGUUUCAUAGAGCACUUCCGUAAUUCACCAUGAGAGAAUGCCUUUCAAUCCAUGUUGGUCAGGCCGGCAUUCAGAUCGGCAACGCGUGCUGGGAGCUUUUUUGUCUUGAGCAUGGUAUCCAGCCGGAUGGGCAAAUGCCGAGUGACAAGACAGUGGGAGGAGGAGACGAUGCCUUCAACACAUUCUUCAGCGAAACAGGAGCGGGAAAGCAUGUGCCCAGAUGUGUGAUGCUGGACUUGGAGCCCACUGUGAUUGACGAAGUUCGCACAGGCACGUACCGCCAGCUCUUCCACCCCGAGCAGCUCAUUAGCGGAAAGGAAGACGCCGCCAACAACUUUGCUCGUGGACACUAUACAAUUGGCAAGGAGAUUGUGGAUUUGGCACUGGACAGGAUCCGAAAGCUGGCAGACAUGUGCACUGGUCUGCAGGGAUUCAUGGUGUACCACGCAGUCGGUGGCGGCACAGGCUCAGGCCUCGGGUCAUUGCUUUUGGAGAGGCUGUCUGUGGACUAUGGCAAAAAGUCCAAGCUUUCCAUGUGCGUCUUCCCGAGUCCGCAAGUGUCAGGCGCCGUAGUGGAGCCCUACAACAGCAUUUUAUCAUGUCAUGGCCUCUUGGAGCACACGGAAGUAUCCGUGAUGUACGACAACGAGGCCAUCUACGAUAUAUGCCGGCGGAACCUGGACAUUGAGCGACCCACUUACACCAACCUGAACAGGCUCAUCACGCAGGUGAUGUCGUCAUUGACCGCCUCGUUGCGAUUCGACGGAGCCCUGAACAUGGAUCUCACCAACUUCCAGACCAACCUCGUCCCGUAUCCAAGGAUCCAUUUCAUGCUCUCGUCUUACGCGCCGGUCAUCUCGGCCGAGAAAGCCUACCACGAGCAGCUAUCCGUGUCGGAGCUCACCAACAGCGUGUUUGAGCCCUCCAGCAUGAUGGCCAAAUGCGAUCCCAGGCACGGCAAGUACAUCGCCUGCGCGAUGAUGUACCGAGGGGACGUGGUGCCAAAAGAUGUGAACUCGUCCGUGGGCACCAUCAAAACCAAGAGGACCAUCCAAUUCGUGGAUUGGUGUCCCACCGGGUUCAAGGUGGGGAUCAACUACCAACCGCCGACAGUCGUGCCCGGUGGCGAUCUAGCGAAAGUGCAGCGCGCGGUUUGCAUGAUCGCCAAUAGCACCGCCAUCGCUGAGGUAUUCGCUCGAUUAGACCACAAAUUCGACUUGAUGUAUGCAAAGCGCGCGUUCGUGCACUGGUAUGUCGGUGAGGGCAUGGAAGAGGGGGAAUUCUCCGAGGCUCGUGAGGAUUUGGCGGCGUUGGAGAAGGAUUUUGAGGAGGUGGGUGCCGAUUCAACCGAGGGUGAUGGAGAGGACGAAGGAGAAGAGUAUUAGAUUUCGAUCAGACACUAAAACAUACAUACCACUCACGGUUUCGAUCAUGCAGCAAACCCUCACUUUUGAAAGUACCGACUCAUUCAACACAACACACUGCCACUUUCAUGCAAAUUCGUAGCAAGAUUCGUGACACUGCUGUUUUGGGAGACCUGAGAUGCUUUAUGGGAACAUUACACUUUCAACUUUGGUUCGAUUGUUGUAAUGGGAUUGUGCUCAUCGGCAGCGUGACACUGCUCCAUUGUUGUGGAGAUCACUAUUUUAUCAGGAAGAUGAGCACAUUCUCAUCUGUUUAGGUUUUUGUUUUGAUAACUUGGUCUGGUCGAUGUGAUGGUGAAUUGUCAACUAUUCCUUCAGAUGAAUGCCAUUGCCUUGCACUGAAUAACACAUCCGAAGAACUACUCUCACCCUGAGCAUGAAUACAGCUUUCUUCAUUAGAUUUUACCUCAUUUGCUGCUGAACACUUUUAUGCUUAUCCAUCCAUCAAUUUGCAUGGUUUAGUUUGUGGGAGGAAAUCGUUUAAGCAUAUCAUCUUCGAAACUAUAAAACCAAUAUGUCAGAGAGCAACUAAGAAUGGAAAUGGAUCAAAGAAUGUAUUUUUUUGAGUUUAAAAAUCAUAUAAGCAAGUUCCACAUUA